AUGGAAGAAAAUUCUAAAAAGCCUACGCGACAAAAAAGCAAUAAAGAAGCAAUUCUGAAGGCGUUGUGCCAAGGACUGUUUCACAACACAGCGCGAAAGUAAGGAAGAUCUUACUCUAUAUAUGCCAUCGAGUGGCAGCAUUCUCUCUUGGACGAUUGAAAUCGUUUGGCGUUAGACACAGUAAAAUAAUAAUGUAUGGGGCGUCUCCUUCGCAAUUUGGCAACCUCCUCUCAGCUGCAAGUAAGGAUGACGAGCCCCCGCUUUCUUACUCAACCGAUACUGCAGGAAUGAAAGCCACGUGUACAGUAGUAUACACUAUUUCACCAACACCCACCCAUUUUUUAUGGAAUGUUAAUUUCUGUUAUCCAGGGGUGCUGGUAAUAGUUUUCGAACAAUGGAUGGACAUGGGACUACGGUGUUUAUUCAUCCUUCGUCAGCGGUAAGACCACAGUAUACAAUUUCUUACCACAUACCAUACCAUACCAUACCAUAUCAUACCAUAUCAUACCAUAUAUCGUAUGUCAUACCAUACCAUUCCACAUCAUAUCAUAUAUCGUGUACCAUACCAUAUCAUACCACAUCAUCAUCAUAUGUCAUACCAUAAGAAAGCUUCGGAUUAAUAGGGAUGCAACUACCUCAAAAAUACAAGGAGAACUUCUGGCACAAACCUUUUAAGAUAUACCAUACUAUUAGUAUACCAUACCAUAUCAUACCAUACCAUACCAUACCAUACCAUACUAUGCCAUACCAUAUCAUAUCAUAUCAUAUAUAAUAUCAUACCAUACCAGUAACCAUACCAUACCAUAUCUUACGACAACAUAUCAUACCAUACCAUACCUGACCACAUCUUCCCAUACCUUAUUAUACCUUACCUUGCCGUUUAAAGAUGUUUGGUGAAGAAGCUGAUUUUGACUGGAUUUUAUUUCAUGACGUAAUUUGGACAUCCAAGAUUUAUGUUAAGACGGUGUGCCCGGUAAGGUUCCUUUUAUUUUGUCGUGACGUUCUGGUCCUGAUAGAGCUCAGUGGGUAUAACCUGUCGUUUAUUUGACAAAGAUUGUAAAAUAAAAUAAAAUGAAAUAAAAUAAAAAUAAUUUAGGUUUCCUCCUGUAGUAACACUGGAUCAAUAAGAGAUGAUCCUUGCUGGACCUCAAGGAAGAACAGUUUAGAACUGAUAGAGCUAUCCAGUAUAAAUAAAGUUAGUUUAGUUUAGAUUUCACUGGAAAAAAUUUUGAAAAUCAAUAGAAGGUCAUAAAAUGGAAAUUGUAUGGACCUUUAUUGGAAAUAGAAUGGAUUUUGGUUAUCCAUAAUAAUUGUAUAUUUCCAUAGUAUGGAUAUAGUAUGGAAAUAGGAUGGAUAUAAUAUCGAUUAAGUGGUGCAAUUGCAAAUUUCGUAGUGUGGAUUUCACUUUUUUUCCCAGUGUUUCCUCCUGUAGUAACACUGGUUCAAUAAGAGAUGAUCCGUAAUGGACCUCUAGGGAGAACAGUUUAGAACUGAUAGAGCUUAUAUCCAGUAUAAAUAAAAUUAGUUUAGUUUAGGUUUCCUCUAUUUCUUUUAUUUAUAAACUUUUGUCUGAAAAUCUAGAUCAAUUACGAAAGAAUACAUGACUUGCUUCCUCGUAUUCACGAAGCCAGUAACCUCAGCCUUGCGGGCAAUCGUUCUGUGCAGGCUAAAAAUGACGGCAGUUGCCAUGGAAACGAAGCUGAACAAAACGGUAGGUAACAACGGCCAGAAGUGGCUUCGCUCAAAAGAAGUGUUUGAAUCUUUGUACACGGGCGCCCCACGUUUGAGAAUCUUUCCAGGUGGUUGAGCGACAAACGACGGCAGCAUCAAAAUUAACAUAUUUCAUACCUGACUCUUUAUCCUAAUAUUUGUACAGGUUUAAUAAUGAUCUCGUUAUAGACAAGUAAAAACGUUUGUUAAUCGACAAGCAAAGGCUUGUGAAUUUGACACCAUUUACAUUUUAAGGGCCCACAGUAUUUGGUUUUUUACUGUUGUGGUGACCCUGCCACUCUUUGUGUGGUAAAGUUAUAAUAUAAUAUAAUAUAAUAUAAUAUAAUAUAAUAUAAUAUAAUAUAAUAUAAUAUAAUAUAAUAUAAUAUAAUAUAAUAUAAUAUAAUAUAAUAUAAUAUAAUAUAAUAUAAUAUAAUAUAAUAUAAUAUAAUAUAAUAUAAUAUAAUAUAAUAUAAUAUAAUAUAAUAUAAUAUAAUAUAAUAUAAUAUAAUAUAAUAUAAUAUAAUAUAAUAUAAUAUAAUAUAAUAUAAUAUAAUAUAAUAUAAUAUAAUAUAAUAUUUAACAAAUAUAAAACAUUUUCCGUGUUGAUAUACAGUUAUAUCAACACGAGUGGAAAUUGGGAAAACGAGAAAUUGUGUGGAAACACGACGCCCGAAGGGCGGAGUGUUUUCACACAAUUUCUCGUUUUCCCAAUUUCCACUCGUGUUGAUAUAACUGUAUAUCAACACGGAAAAAAUGUUUUAUAUUUGUUUUAUAAUAUAGCAAUGUCAAAAGCCCGAAGAAUAAGAAAAAAUUCCGUGUUUACAAGCGGCGGAAAAUUUCCCGUGUUGACAUGGAGUUAUAUCAACACGGCUCUUAGCCAAUCAGCGUUCACAAUUUACAAAUGCUAUAUUAUAAAAUAUAAUAUAAUAUAAUAUAAUAUAAUAUACAAUUUUCGACAAGUUGAUGAUGAAAUAAAAUAGUAGAAAAGGUUUUGAUAUGUAUAACAAGUUUUCACGCUCCGUAUACACGCCAAAAUUUAGAAAAAUGUAUGAGAUAUAUUUUCACGUAGUUCAGACACAAACCACAGCAGCUUAUUGUAGAAUACUAUCUACACUGGACCACCACGUUUGAGAUAUCUUUUUCAGGUAGUUCAGACACAAACCACGGCUGCUUAUUGUAGAAUACUACCUACACUAGACCACCACGUUUGAGAUAUCUUUUUCAGGUAGUUCAGACACAAACCAUGGCAGCUUAUUGUAGAGUACUAUCUACAUUGGACCACUACGUUUGAGAUAUCUUUUUCAGGUAGUUCAGACACAAACCACGGCAGCUUAUUGUAGAAUACUAUCUAUACAUUGGACCACCAUGUUUGAGAUAUCUUUUUUAGGUAGUUCAGACACAAACCACGGCAGCUUAUUGUAGAAUACUACCUACACUGGACCACCACGUUUGAGAUGUUUUUUAUUCCCCUUUUUUCAUAGACGAGUCCCUUACACAAAGUUCAACGUCUGUCGAACGUAGAAACAACGAACAGUCGAUAAUGGCCGCUCGAGAACGAUAUUUAGCAAGGAAAUUGAAGAAGGAACAAGAAGUUUAUGAAUAA